AUGUUACGAGCACCAAUAAAUGGAAACGAUGGGCCGGAUCGUCACAACAUCCCUACCACGAUUUCACAUUCGGAGCUUAGCAUAGGUCUGCACUCGCGAUCAAAAACGGGGGGUCUUGCGCUCGAUGCGGAACACGAGGCCCAGAAUCACUCUCCUUUCUCGACCUCUAUGAAUGCCAAACAAUCAGAGGAGCUGUUGCCCACUGAGCCGCACUCGUGCCAAUCCUUGGACGAGAGCCCGGACCUCGCAUUCCCGUUUCAAACAACAACGAAGAAUCUCGGCAUGAAGUAUGAUUGCUUCUUAGAAAUGUCCAACAAGAAUUUCUUUCCGACCCCAUCCAUGACAGACCCAUGGGAAGAAGCACCGACAUCAAUUCCGUCGUGGAAUUCGGCGACGAGACAACCUAUUCUGUUGGAUGAAGCUAUGCCUGCGGCCGGGCAGGAUGAAGCAGCACCCGAAAGGUACGAACCCGGGUCAGACCGGGGAGAAUAUUUGCUCGGCACCUCCGCAUCGACGGAAGCCCGAUUGUCGCAUGUUCUAAAGGCUGUUGCUGCAGCUGGCUUCGAAAGUCUGGACAACGCCGUUGUUGCUUACUAUGCAAAAUCUUUGAAGGACGACGAAUGGCCGGGGCAGGAGCAGAGACUGAAUCGUAUUCGGCGGCUGCCUGUACUCUUGAGGGAACUCCAUCUCGCAUCGCAAGGCUGGUGUCAAUGGCAGCGGAGAAGCUUUCAAGAGCAAGUCAUCAAGAGCACAGAAGACAUCCUGAUUGCUGAGUUGGAAGAUCACCUCGCCGCAAGGGGAAAUGAUCCUCACAACUUGAUUGGCGGAACUAGACAACCGAGCCGAGCCUUCAAGCACAAGGCAAGGGACGAAGCAGAUAUUGAGGCCGAGCUCCCGAACACAUGGACCUUGUUGACAUCCCUGUCUACAAAAUACAACACUGUUGCUUCGAAACACGGGCAAAGCGACAUGCCCAACUUGGUCGGCAAGUUCCUCGCAGCCAGCACUGAUUUAGACACUUGA